UCAUGAGGUGGCCGAACGUAACAACCUAAAAACCCUUAAAUCUUUUUGAGGAAUCCGAAAACAAGUGCUGCUGGAACAAUAUGGCGACGUUGAAGGAGAUCUUGACUCGGCGCCCGUUGGCUGCGACGAUCCGACUUAGGGUCGGCGCCGGCGUUGCGAAGCCGGGACCGUCAACAACGGCUUUAGGGUUUCACAAUCUGAACAUCAUGGCUUUCUGCAAGGAAUUCAAUGCCCGUACUCAGAAAUACAAGCCUGGAACGCCUAUGUCCGUUACGGUAACGGUUUUCAAGGACAGAACCUUCGAAUUCACGUUGAAAUCUCCGCCAGUCACUUGGUACCUGAAGCAGGCGGCGGGGGUGGAGCGCGGCAGCCGCCUCCCUGGUCACGUGACCGCCUCUACGGUAACCCUAAAGCAUGUAUAUGAAAUUGCAAAGGUCAAACAAGGUGAUCCCUUUUGUCAGUAUAUCUCUCUCGAGUCCAUUUCUAAGUCUAUUAUUGGCACUGCCAACUCAAUGGGGAUCAAGGUCCAGAAAGAGCUGGAUUAGGUAGUCUACCACAAAAUGGAGCCUUUAAUUUAAUUAGUUUUUCUAUUCUUAAAUGAAAACAAAAUAGUGAGAUUGUGCUUAGCUCAAUAAAUAACAAUAAUGGAGUCGACUUAUGUGUUUGUAAGUAUUAAUCUGUAUGGAUUUCUUACUCCAAUGGAUUCACGCGGUUUUCAAC